AUGCUGCGGCAGGUGAUCCACAGAGGGCUCCGGUCGUUCUGCCACCAGCUGGGCUUGUUCGUCAGCCGGCACCCGGUCUUCUUCCUCACCGUGCCCGCAGUCCUGACCAUCAUCUUCGGCUUCAGUGUCCUCAACCGCUUCCAGCCUGAAAUGGACCUGGAGCUCCUAGUGGCCCCGAGUCACAGCUUGGCCAAGAUCGAGAGGAGCUUGGCCAACAGCCUUUUCCCCCUCGACCGCUCCAAAAGCCAUCUCUAUUCGGACUUGCACACCCCGGGGAGGUAUGGCCGGGUGAUCCUCCUCGCCAAACCCGGGGGCAAUAUUUUGCACCAGGCUGAAGGGCUGCUGCAGAUCCACCGAGCCGUGCUGGAAAUGAAGGUGAACCACAAAGGCUAUAAUUAUACUUUUUCCCAUCUGUGUGUGUUGACAAAUCAGGAUAAGAAAUGCGUGCUGGAUGAUAUAAUUUCAGUUCUAGAGGAUCUGAGGCAGGCUGCCCUCUCCAAUAAGACAACUGCCAGGGUGCAAGUGAGCUAUCCCAACACUAAAUUAAAGGAUGGGAGAAGCAGCUUUAUUGGCCAUCAGCUUGGCGGAGUCAUGGAGCUGCCAAACAGCAAGGACCCAAGGGUCAAGUCAGCCAGAGCUGUCCAAGUCACUUACUACCUCCAGACUUAUCCUUCUGCAGCCCAGGACCUCAUCAGUGAGAAGUGGGAGAAUGAAUUCUGCAAACUGAUACACGAGCUGCAGCUCCAUCACAAGGAUCUACAGCUGCAUUCUCUGGCCUCCUUUAGUUUGUGGAGGGACUUUCACAAGACCAGCAUCCUAGCCAGGGGCAAGAUCUUAGUGAGCCUCAUGCUUAUUCUGUUGGUGGCCAUCCUCUCCAGCUCCAUGAAAGAUUGCCUGCGCAGCAAGCCAUUUCUUGGGCUCUUGGGAGUGCUCACAAUCUGUAUCUCCAGUGUUACUGCUGCAGGGAUAUUUUUCAUUACUGAUGGAAAAUAUAAUUCAACUCUGUUGGGAAUCCCUUUCUUCGCAAUGGGUCAUGGAACCAAAGGUGUAUUUGAGCUUUUGUCGGGAUGGCGUCGAACCAGAGAAAAUUUGCCAUUUAAAGACAGGGUUGCAGAUGCCUAUUCAGAUGUAAUGGUUUCCUAUACCAUGACAAGCUCCUUGUACUUCAUAGCCUUUGGCAUGGGUGCCAGCCCUUUCACCAACAUGGAGGCUGUGAAAGUCUUCUGCCAGAACAUGUGCAUCUCCAUCCUGUUGAAUUACUUCUAUAUCUUCUCUUUCUUUGGCUCCUGCCUGGUGUUUGCUGGGCAGCUGGAGCAGAAUCGUUACCACAGUAUCUUCUGUUGUAAAAUCCCCUCUGCAGAGUAUCUGGAAAGGAAACCCGUUUGGUUCCAAACCAUGAUGAGUGAUGGGCACCAGCAGUCUUCUCAUCAUGAGACUGACCCAUACCAGAACCACUUUAUCCAGCAUUUUGUAAGGGAGCAUUACAAUGAAUGGAUUACUAAUAUCUAUGUUAAGCCAUUUGUGGUGAUACUGUAUCUCAUUUAUGCUUCUUUCUCCUUUAUGGGCUGCCUGCAAAUCAGUGAUGGGGUCAAUAUUAUCAAUUUGCUUUCUAGUGAUUCUCCGAGUGUGUCCUAUGCUGUUAUUCAACAGAAGUACUUCAGCAAUUAUAGCCCAGUGAUAGGAUUUUAUAUCUAUGAACCUCUUGAGUACUGGAAUGGCACUGUCCAAGAUGACCUAAAGAAACUGACUGAAGGCUUCAACACACAGUCCUGGCUUCAACAAUAUUACCAGUAUCUGAGAGCUGGGAAUAUUAGUGCAACCAAUAAAAGUGACUUCCUUAGCAUCCUCCAAAACUCCUUUUUAAGAAAGUCUGAGUUUCAACACUUUAAAAACGAUAUCAUUUUCUCCAAGUCUGGGAAUGGGAAUAACAUUAUUGCUUCCCGCAUGUAUCUUGUAGCUAGGACUAGUGAAAAAACACAAAGCGAAGUUAUAGAAUUAUUGGACAAACUCAGACCAUUGUCCCUGAAACAGAGCAUCAAGUUCAUUGUCUUUAAUCCUACUUUUGUCUUCAUGGACCAGUAUAGCCUGUCAGUAAUUAUGCCUGUCUUGAUCUCAAGUUUUGGCAUCUUGCUGGUCCUCUUACUUACAUUCUUCCUUGUUAUUCACCCUCUGGGGAACUUCUGGUUAAUUCUCACUGUCACCUCAAUAGAGUUGGGUGUCCUGGGCUUGAUGACUUUAUGGAAUGUAGACAUGGAUUGCAUUUCUAUAUUGUGCCUUAUUUACACUUUGAAUUUUUCCAUAGAUCACUGUGCACCCUUGCUUUACACAUUUGUACUAGCAACUGAGCAUACCAGAACUCAGUGUAUAAAAAGUUCACUCCAAGAACACGGAACAGCAAUUUUGCAAAAUGUUACAUCUUUUCUUAUUGGGUUGGUUCCCCUCCUUUUUGUGCCUUCAAACUUGACCUUCACACUGUUCAAAUGCUUGCUGCUCACUGGCAGUUGCACACUUCUGCACUGUUUUAUUAUUUUACCUGUCUUCCUAACAUUCUUUCCACCAUCCAAAAAACACCACAAGAAAAAGAAACGAGCCAAACGGAAGGAGCGAGAAGAAAUUGAAUGUAUAGAAAUUCAAGAAAAUCCUGACCAUGUGACAGCAGUCUGA